AUGGCUGUCACCUCAUCGGCGGCUAGUGAAUCUCCUCUAUUGUACUGCCCCAUUUGCGAUGAGGGUCUGAACGAUCAUGUGAGCCUCGCUCAUCAUUGCGACGACAGGCACAGCGAUGUGGGUGCGAACGGCAAGCCACAAGACUAUGCCGUUUUCACACUGACUUUUGGAAGUGAUCGUCAGUUCGAAGCGCGCUUGCGGUCAAGAAUCAAUAAAGACCUACACGAUUUACUUUCAAUCAAUGACUUGAGCACCUUCGAAGGAAAAUUCGCACAGAUCCUCGCGUAUCUCGAGGUAGAAGGGCAGGGAGCAAUGCCUCAGUAUCUGAAGGACAAUUAUCUAGGUAGAACUCGUAGUUGCGCCUCAUUCGCAAAUCAUGGAGUUCUCGACACCACUAUGAUAAGCGAGAGGUGGCAUCUCCGCCUCAAACAAGAUUUUCUUCAACAAAACGCCAACUCCCGCGCCGAUUUCUUAGUCGAUCUCCUAAUCCGAGCCGUCGAAGACAUUGCUGACACUGCAGAGAUUAGGGAGUUGGAGAAUUCCGUAAAUAUGACUGAAGCAACUUCCUCUAAUCCGGUGACUGAGGCACAGGAACGGAGAGACCAGAGAAGUCAGAUACGGAACAAUAUCAAAAGCAAGUUUUCGGUCAUCACUGCGAACGUGAACUCAUUAGUCAACACCAAUACGGAGCAAGCGUUGAGCUUCCUGAAGGACAUUUACGAAUUGGUGGAUCAGGCGUCUAUGAUAAAACUUCAUCCUGUUUCUGAGAAUCUCGACAGUGAAUUCAUCUCAGUUAUUUAUAUCACGCCUGUUACUCUCUUUUCGCCAGUGGUAGAUCCCAUUCCUUCCGAACUAGCCAUGUAA